AUGUUCUUGGGGGGCCCCAUCCCCUUCCCUGCUUCCCCCCAUCCCCUUCCCUGCUUCGCCCUAUCCCCUUCCUUGCUUCCCCCAUCCCCUUCGCUGCUUCCCCCAAGCCCCAUCCCCUUCCUUGCUUCCCCCCAUCCCCUUCCCUGCUUCCCCCCAUCCCCUUCCCUGCUUCCCCCCAUCCCCUUCACUGCUUCCUCCCAUCCCCUUCCCUGCUUCCCCCUAUCCCCUUCUCUGCUUCCCUCCAUCCCCUUCCCUGCUUCCCCCCAUCCCCUUCCCUGCUUCCCCCCAUCCCCUUCCCUGUUUCGCCCCAUCCCCUUCCGUGCUUCCCCCCAUCCAAUUCUCUGCUUCCCCUUAUCCCCUUCCCUGCUUCCCCCCAUCCCCUUCCCUGCUUCCCCCCAUCCCCGUCCCUGCUUCCCCCCAUCCCCUUCCCUGCUUCGCCCCAUCCCCUUCCUUGCUUCCCCCCAUCCCCUUCACUGCUUCCCCCUAGCCCCAUCCCCUUCCCUGCUUCCCCCCAUCCCCUUCCCUGCUUCCCCCCAUCCCCUUCCCUGCUUCCCCCCAUCCCCUUCAUUGCUUCCCCCCAUCCCCUUCCCUGCUUCCCCCCAUCCCGUUCCCUGCUUCCCGCCAUCCCCUUCCCUGUCUUCGUGUUACCAGUUUCCCUGUCCCUUUUACCUGUAUCCCUUUUCCUUGUGUCUCCCCACCCUCUGUUCUGCUUCCUUCAUCCUCGCACACCUUACCCCCUGCACACCUUACCGCCUGCACACGUUACCGUCUGCACACCUUACCCGCUGCACACCUUACCGCCUGCACACCUUACCGCCUGCACACCUAACCGCAUGCACACCUUACCGCCUGCACACCUUACCCCCUGCACACCUUACCCACUGCACACCUUCCCCCCAGCACACCUUACCCCCUGCACACCUUACCCCUUGCACACCUUACCACCUGCACACCUUACCCUAUGCACACCUUACCGCUUGCACACCUUACCGCCUGCACACCAUUCCCUCUACUCUCUCCCCAUUCCCUCCCCCUUUGAUCCCCCUUGUCCUCGCGGUGGGCCGGGGGAGUGCAGAUUGGUGCAGACUGCCUUUAGCCACCCCUGCUGCCCCAUACUCUCUGCUGACCUGCGCCCUAUGA